UGGGAAUAUGUUGCGUUUCCGUUGGACGAAUUUUGUAUCGCGAAUCCAACUUGUGCAAUUUGAUUGUGAAUGGAGACGCAGUUUGUGACCGUUUCAAUCAAUGAACUGCGGCUGGAGCCCGUGAGCAUCUGCAGGCUUCAGUCAGCUCUGUGAACACGAUGUGAGCGGCUCUCAUGACUUUAACCUGAUCGUAAUAGAACGAUCAGAUGCUGUUGGUUUCAGCAGAACAAAGUGUUUCUGCUCAGAAGUCUAUUUAUGGAAUACAGGAAGCGAAUGAACAAGUAUUUGAUUUAUUUAUUUUUUUGUUAAAGAGACUUUGGGGAAACUAUCUCAACCCACCCCCUUGUACACGCACACGCGCACUCACUUUCUCUCCCUCCCUCCCUCUCCCCCCGCUCGUCCUCAUCCCCGGGUUCCCGCGUCAUGACCCACGCAUGCCGCGGCGCAGCAGCAUUCCACUCUUCGGGCUGCAGGUGAGGAGCUGCCGGCACCGCGUUUCUGGACCGAACAUGAAGAGAGCGGCAGAACUUUAGUUACAGACAUCCUCAAACCCAGCGCUGCCAGGGUCUGGAGUGGACGGAGCUGCGCCCUCAGGACCGCCGCGCGCACCGGCAGGACACCGCGCUGCGCACACACCCCUGCGUGGACCCCAACCCAGCCAGCACCAUUGCGCCCAAAAGCCGGCAGCAGGAGCGCCCUGCGCUGCCGCGGCUGGGCGGCAGGAAGCGGCUCCUGGCGGCGGGGGUCCUGGGGGUUGUCAUGGUUCUUCUUUUGGUCAUUCUGAUCCCGGUUCUGGUCAGCUCGGCUAGAGCAUCUGCACACUACGAGAUGCUGGGCACUUGCAGAAUGGUGUGCGAUCCAUACGGAACCAGGUCCCCAAGCAGCACCCCCGCGGGGGGGACAGUCCCAGACAGCAGCCUCGUGCGCUCUUUUCCCACUUUCAUCCAAGGUCCCAAAGGGGAACCGGGCCGUCCGGGCAGGGUAGGGCCAAGGGGAGCUCCGGGGGAGCCUGGGCCACCCGGUCCAGCUGGACCACCUGGAGAGAGGGGUGAGGCGGGGAGACCCGGUUCGGCGGGACCUCCGGGUCCCAGCGCAGCUGCCGGCGCAGUCAGCGCGGCCACGUACAGCACGGUGCCCAGGAUCGCCUUUUACGCGGGCCUGAAGAAGCAGCACGAGGGCUACGAGGUGCUUAAGUUUGACGACGUGGUGACCAACCUGGGAAACCACUACGACCCCGCCUCCGGAAGGUUCACGUGCUCCAUCCCCGGGAUCUACUUCUUCACCUACCACGUUCUGAUGCGCGGAGGAGACGGAACCAGCAUGUGGGCCGACCUGUGCAAGAACAACCAGGUGAGAGCCAGUGCCAUCGCUCAGGAUGCAGACCAGAACUACGACUAUGCCAGUAACAGUGCCGUUCUGCAUUUGGAGCCAGGAGAUGAGGUCUAUGUGAAGCUGGAUGGAGGCAAAGCCCAUGGAGGCAACAACAACAAGUACAGCACCUUCUCUGGCUUCAUCAUCUACGCCGAUUAGAUGUUUGGCCCCGGCUCCAGCAGACAAGACUACGAACAAACUCUUUAACUCAUGAUUUGUACAAACCCACAUCAUCAUCUAUCUUCUGUGUCGUUGUCACUAGGACUGUCUCAUAAAGACAGUGUCGUCAGUAAAACUGAUGAACAUCAACAAGCUGCAGCUGCUGACUGAUUCUUCUGUAGUCCAUGUCUGAUGUUCAGUCAGAAAAAAACUGAAGGUGGUUCAGCUGAUGCUCCCUGUACCUGCUGUGAAGCAGAAAGCUGAUAAGGUCCAUCACUCAGUCUCUCUGUGCUUCUUUAUCACAAGGAUGUGCCGUACACUCGUAAGCUAUGUGGAGUUUAAUGCCUCAAUCAAAGGCAAGAGUGGAGGCAAAUGGCUGAACCACUGGGCUUCAUAAUAGAUGACAAACAUGCUGAACUUCCAAUCCCUGGAAAUUCUGUAACAGGUGGUAAUUAUCCUUCAUUCAGUUACUAUUUCUCAUAAACAUAUUUUUUGAUCUUUGAAUAAAUGAAAUAAAUAAAUACACACCCUACAUAAAUGAAUGCCUCAGCACAACAAAGUCUAGAAAAAGGUUCAGAGUCAGAGAUGGAGCACAGUGUAGACUGGACCUGAAACACAAGAGCACCCUCCUCCACUGAAAGCGUUUCUGGUCUUUCAGGUUUAUUUUCCAAGAUAGAUUUCUUUUUAUGUUUCAGUGGCUUACUCACACCAUCAUCUGCUUUCUUAAAAUCAUCAUCCGAAAAGAAUUCAUCCAGCAGUCUGCCCUAAUUUACUGUCUGCACUUCAGCUAAAUAUCCAUGGAAAUUCAUGGAACCACAUGAAUAGCAAAGGAAAAAUUGGGUUUUUUGACUGUGAAGAAAAGUAAAAUCACUGUUCACAUUUGAGGAGGACCCCAUGGUGACAUGCACAUCAGUAAUGUGAUGACAUCUGAAGCCAUGCUGGAGGGUCAGACCUUGAGAGUGAUUUCAGAAAUAGUAAAUUGGGCUUGGAAACAAAAGCCUCGUUUCCACUAAAUAGUCCAGUCUGGUCCGGUUCAGUUCUGUAUUAUGAACGUUUUCCUUGUAAAAUCGACCCAUUAAACAGUACCAACCCUUACCUCUUGGGGGCCCCCAUUGGCUGCAGGUCCAUUGGAAAAUGGACCUGAACAGCCUGGGUGGAGCAGCUAGCCACCUGUUGAUUGGCAGAAAGGGGUGAUGACAAUACUAAGUGCAAAUAUAGCGCUCAUUUAGGCGAACAAUUCCAACGUUUGUAAACAUUCGGGUUUCUGCGGUUUCCUGUGUACUCUUUUGGUCAAUACUGAAAUUGCUUGCAAACAAACAGCAAGGCCCGGUCUGCGGUGGAACUGUGAGGGAUGGAACUUGCCAUCCUUUGGGAUGGUGUGAGACAGGGUGAGCUAGCGGUCUACACCACACAUGCUCUGUGAAAUCAAACGGCUCAGUGGAAACGAGGCUUAACUGAAUGGAAACGCUCACUAAAAUCUACUGGACGUACCGGACCGUUCAUCAGAGCUAUCUUGUGCUUUCAGUUCACAAACCUGAUGAGGAUCGCUGGUUUAUCCGAGUUCUUUCUCUGACGAAGCAGAUGACAGACCUUAACAGUACUUAGAUCCAAGGACAUCCCUUUAGAUGUGAGAAAUACUCCAACUUGUCUUUCCACAGACUCAUUAGCAUCUCUAACAGCUGCAUUACCAUCCAUGCUAAUGUUGGUUGCACCAGGCCAGGUCCCGGGAUUGAGUAGUAGUCCUGUGAGAAUGAUGUUAUUCAUUCUUACUUGUUGAUCCAUGUCGUUCAUUCUUCUCUCCAGGAGAUCAUGCCGAUUAUCUCGUUGUCCAUUACGUGCCUUUUUGUGUCGGAAAUCUUCCACAAGUUGCAGCAGGAGGGAUAGCUUAGCAUUAAGCUCCAUCAGUGCUAAUAUCAUAGCAUUCAUAAGACGCAGUGGAGUUAGCUUAGCCUGGAUGUCGACUAGCGCAAGUUUAAGCUCCGUCAAGUCGGCUUCUAGAUUUUUCUUCGGUGCCAUGUUCAACUCUCCUUGUUUCAGGAUUACUGCUGUUUUUCAAUACCUUUGUGACCAAAGUGGCUUGUUAACGACUUUGAAAAGACGAAGAGUUGAGUAGACUUGAAGACACGCAUCCGCUUACUCAUGAACCGGAAGUUGCUCCGCUGUGUAAGUUGCACUAUGAGAAAGAGAAAAGAGAAAAGUCCAAUAUUAAUGAACAAAUUCAACAAGCCUGACCUAAUGUUGCAUUUGACAGCGAAUGUGAUUCAUGCGUCAAAUUCGAGUCUGCUGCCUCUUUUGAUGUGCGUCAAGUUUAAUGCUCAAUGCUUGUGUGUGGAGAAGCUAUCUUUUAGCUUCAUUGCUACAUGGCGGAGGGUUUGACUGUAUUUCUCAUUUAAAAUGCACAGAAGAUACGGAUGAUGUUGAGAGGUUACGUUAUUUUUUUAAAGAGCUCCACAAAAGCAUCUAAAAUCACGUCUCCAUGUCUGGGUUUUUCUGACUUUUUCUUUUUCUUACGGCGAGGAGUUUCAUCUGAAUGACUGUUUUAGCUGCUCUUCUGUCUGUUUUAACCCAGUUUGAUGCUUGCUGUCCUGCAUUAGCCCAUGGAGAUAAAAAUAAAAACAAAAAUAUUAAUAUCUUGAUGCAAAAAACA